AUGAAGAGCGGCUGGAUCCCCACAGGAAGGGUUGCUCUCAUUAAAUUGUUCUGCGAGCAGAUGAAUGGACUACUUUGGGGACAUCCCACCAACCACAGCUUCUUUGGCCCAGAGUGGCAGAAGAGGUGGUGCGUCCUGAACAACUCCAUAUUUUACUACUUUGGGACGGAGAAAGAUAAACAGCAGAAGGGCUCCUUUCAUAUCAGCGAGUACAGCGUGCAGCUGGUCAACAACCUGCGAAAGGACAAAGAGAAGAAAAACGCCUGCUUUGAGCUCACUGCUCCUGGACGGAGGGCCUUCCAGUUCGCUGCCAAUAGCCUCCAAGAAGCCAGAGAAUGGGUGGACCAGAUUAAUUUCGUUCUCAGAGACCUGAGCUCCAGCGUCAUCCCCGAGGAUGAGGAUGAGGAAGAGGAGGGAGAGGAAGGGGAGGAAGAGACCUACGACGAUAUCGAGGGGGAUUUUCCCAGCUCAGCAGAGGAGGCUGCAGAGAAGAGCAGCGAACAAGCUGGGUCAUCAGAUUAUGCAAACUACUACCAGGGUUUAUGGGACUGCCAGGCCGAUGAGCCCGACGAACUCACUUUCCAGAGAGGAGAUCUCAUCUACAUCAUUAGCAAGAUUCUGUGGUUUUUCUGGACCAGCUUCAGCCGGUUACCUCCGUGGAAAUAG